AGUAAGCCGAAAAUGCAACAACGCUCUAAACAUAACGCUCAUACCCCAGCUCGCACUCCAUCUGACAAUGUCAGUCAACGCGUCAAUUCUAAUAACCCCAAUAAUAAUACUAACACCGUCACAAACGCUAAUAGUAAUGGUUCUGUUGUAGAUAACAGAGAUUCUCAACAGCAAAAAGGUCUGGAAUGGAUGCUUGGUCUUUCUAUCCGAGUGAAAACUUCGACUGAUGACGA